AUGACCAGUAAUAUGCAAGCAAAUGUUUCAUUUCUGAAUGGGAUUGCCAUGGGAGGUGGGGUUGGUAUUUCAGUACACGGCAAAUUCCGUGUAGAAACAGAGAAUUCGAUCUUUGCAAUGCUAGAAAAUGCUAUGGGAUUGUUUCCUGAUGUAGGUGCCUCUUAUUUCUUGUCAAGACUUCCUGGAUUUUUUGGAGAGUAUUUGGGUUUUACAGGUGCAAGGUUGGAUGGUGCUGAAAUACUUGCUUGUGGUCUAGCAACUCACUUUGUUCCCUCAGCCAAAUUGCCUCUAUUGGAAAAAGCUCUAAUUUCGAGAGCAGCUUCAGCUACUUCAUCUAGCUGUGAUCUUGCUUCUAUCUCAGCAAUUAUAGACGAAUACUCGCUGCAGCAACCGACUCUGAAUGAGAAAAGUGCUUUUCACAAAAUGGACAAGUGCUUUUCCAGACCAACAGUUGAGGAAAUCUUAAGUGCUCUUAUAAGUGCUCUUAUAUCAAAUAAACCAUACAAAAUAAGAUAG